AUGGCAGCUUCCGUCAUCGCUUCACCGGCAGCUUCUGCACUGCAUAACGCGAAUGUGCAGUCGUCAACUCCUCCGGUUGGCGUUGAUGCCACCUUCAAGCAGGCUAUCUAUACGGUCAACGAUCUUCUUCGAACGCGAGCUUCGGGAGAGACGGCGCAUGAUCCUAUCGUUGCCUAUCCGUCGUCAGGAACUGACUAUGUCUAUUAUACCCCAUACCAGUUGGAUCUCCUCGUUGAAUCCGCAGCUGUGCACUAUGCGAAAACCAUCCCUCAACGACUAUCCUCAAAUCACCCUGUCCAAGUAGUCGGAUUGCUGGGACCUUCCGACUUCGAAUACCUCAUCACCUUGCUAGCUGUGUCACGGUUGGGUCACACCGUCCUCCUUCUAUCAACUCGCAUCGCCGAGGAUGCGUACGUCAGUCUGGUCGAGGCCACCAAGGCCAGCUUCCUCAUCACCUACCCGAGCUUCCAAACAAUGGGGGAUAAUGUCGCCAGACGGACAACUACCACACACCUCCCAGUCGUGGUGACAAUGGAUGUGAAUUCUACAUCCGUCUCUUCAGCCCGCUUGCCCGUCGCGGAUCUGCACGGCCCUACCGAGAACAAGCACAUUACUUGGGUCAUCCACUCCAGCGGCUCAACGGGUCCACCCAAGCCUAUCUACCAGACCCAUUCCGGAGCAUUGAAGAACUACGCCAACAACUUCGGACUAAAGGGCUUCAUCACUUUGCCACUUUUUCACGCCCACGGCAUCAGUUGCUUAUUUCGUGCGAUGCAUUCUCAGAAGCUCAUUUACAUGUACAACGCCAGCUUGCCGCUUACUGCGACUGCCCUUCUCUCCACACUGAACGAGCACCCGGAGAUCGAGAUUUUGUACGCCGUCCCCUACGCGCUGAAGCUACUUUCGGAGACCGAGGACGGUCUUAAACGAAUGGCACGUCUAGAACUUGUCAUGUUCGGUGGCUCCGCCUGCCCCAAACCAAUUGGAGACACCCUUGUCCAAAACGGCGUGCGCCUCGUUUCUCAUUAUGGAACAACGGAGACAGGCCAAUUGAUGACCUCCUUCCGCGACCGUUCAGAUCUGGACUGGGAUUAUGUUCGACCCGGUCCUUCGCUGUUGCCAUUCCUGCGCUGGGAAGAACAGCCCGGAAUGCCGGGAAUCUACGAACUUUGCGUUACAGAGGGCUGGCCGUCCAAGGUGGCAAGCAAUCGUCCCGACAACUCCUAUGCGACCAAAGACCUUUUCAAGAAGCACCCCACCACGCCCAAUGCUUGGCAAUACUACGCCCGGCUCGACGAUACCCUGGUCCUGGAAAAUGGGGAGAAGGCGAACCCAUUGGCUGUCGAGGGUGUUGCUCGCAAGAAUCCCAAUAUCGCGGAAGCGAUCGCUUUUGGUAGUGGGAAGCCGCGCAUUGGUCUUUUCAUAAUUCCGUCGGACAGGUCUCACUUCCAGACUGACGACGAGCUAAUGGAUGCUGUUUUCCCGGAUAUCGAGAAGUGUAAUGCUGAGUCUCCGGCUUAUGCCUAUGUCUCGCGGGAUAUGAUCUUUGUUCUUCCCAAGGAUGUUGGUUACCAGAAGACUGACAAGGGUACUGUUAUUCGAGCUGCUUUCUACAAGGAAUUUGAACAGAGGAUCAACGAUAUUUACGAUACCUCUGAUGUCAAUGGUGAUCAAAAGCUUGAAGGUGAAGAGCUUCUUCAAUUCCUUCGUGAGGCUCUGCUUGAGAUUGCACCUUCCCUGGACCCUGCAUCUCUGGGUUCGACAACGGAUGUCUUCACUCUGGGAAUUGACAGUCUGCAAUCAAUUCGUCUGCGGACUUCUAUUGUCCGGACACUUGACAUUGGCGGUCAGAGGCUAUCACAGAACUUUGCCUUCGAAAACCCCUCGCUUCGGGCUAUGGCGGAUGAAAUCACUCGUUUGCGCUCAGGAAGCGAGCCUAAGGAGCAGAUCCCCGCUGAGGAGAGAAUGCAAAUUCUCAUCGACAAAUACAGCAGUACUUUCAAGACACACGUCCCCGUUCCACGUGAGGACAAUGGUAAGCAUAUCGUUUUGACUGGGGCCACUGGAUCGUUGGGUGCCCAUAUCGUCUCCCAGCUCGUGAAAUCGGAGAAAGUGCGCAAAGUCUACUGCCUCGUACGAGCGAAGUCUUCAACCGCCGCCCGCAAGCGUGUUAUUCAAAGCUUGCGAGAGCGCAAUCUGUUUUUGACCCUGUCAUCCGUUUCUGAGCGAAAAAUUGUCGCUCUUCCUGCAGACCUCUCUGACUCUGCGAGUCUCGGUCUUGACGAAAACGCCUUCUCCAAGAUCAAACAAACCGUCACUUCCGUCAUCCACUGUGCUUGGUCCGUCAACUUCAACUGGGCAUUGGAGAGCUUUGAGCAAGGUUGCAUCGCUGCUACUCGCAACCUCCUCAAUCUGUGCCUGAGUGCAGAAUCUCCUCAUCCAGCUUCCUUUUCAUUCUGCUCCUCCGUCAGCACUGUGGCACGGACUCCAGGAAACUGGGUGCGCGAAUCCCUUCCUGAUUCCCCGAGUCAUGCCCAGAACAUGGGAUAUGCUCAAUCCAAGCUGGUUACAGAGAACAUCGUGAAUCGUGCCGCUCGCUCGACCGGAAUGACAGCGAGGGUCUUGCGCGCCGGACAGAUCGUCGCGGAUCAAACCCACGGUAUCUGGAACGCGACGGAGGCCAUUCCAAUGAUACUCCAAACCGCGAAAACCAUCAGGGCUCUACCUCGACUCGACGAUGUUUUAUCCUGGACUCCAGUCGAUGUCAUGGCCUCAAGUAUCAUUGAUCUGAGCCUGGCUCCUACCGCCGCAGAUGUCAUGAAUGUGACGAAUCCAACACUCAACCACUGGUCGCAGGAUUUUUUACCUCUUCUGCGCGAAGCUGGACUUGAGUUUGAAGAGCUUCCCAAGCGAGCCUGGCUUCGGAGACUUCGUGAAUCCGACCAAGAUCCGGAGGUCAAUCCGCCCAUCAAGCUUCUUGAAUUCUUCGCGUCUAAAUAUGACAACGAUAGCCCGACUCGCACUCUUCUUUAUGACACCAAGAAUGCACAAGCCGCAUCCCCGGCUCUUGCCAAUGCACAUGGUCUGAAUGCCGCUUUUACCUCGCAAUUCAUUCAAUAUCUCGACACUCAGUGCUGGACAAAGCCACGAGUACCAGUCUCUGCCCGCGAAAUCAUCUUCCUCAUCGGACCAUGCGGGUGUGGAAAAUCGACUGCCGCCCAAGCCCUGACUUCCCAGCUGGAUAUCCCAGCGAUCGAAGGCGAUAGCCUCCACUCUCCUCUCGCGCGACAAAAAAUGGCCAAUAAUAUUCCACUCGAUGACUCCGACCGCUGGGACUGGCUCGCUCAUAUCCGUGGUGCAGUCAUGGACCGACUAAUAAGCUCAGCCGUGCCGGCAGUUUCGGUGACCUGCUCUGCAUUGCGUACGGUCUACCGCGAUGAGCUUCGGAGGUUGAGUCGGCUUUUCGACUUCCCGGUUACUGUGACUUUCCUGAUGCUUGAUAUUCGGGAUAAGGCGCAGUUGACUGAGCGUAUGAAUGAGCGGUCGGCGGCUGAGCAACAUUACAUGAAGUCGUUUAUGGUGGAUUCGCAGCUUGAGUUGUUGGAGGAUCCGAUUGAUGAGGAUGAUGUUGUUUUAGUGGAUUCUAGUCAGGAGAAGCAGAAGAUGCUAGAUGAGGUGGUUCUUACUGUUCGGGACAUAAUGAAUGUAUGA